AUGGUCCCCAACAAUCCCAUCCGCAUGGAGAUCUACAAUCAGUUGGAAUCGAUCAAAGGCAGCAAGGUGGUUCUACAGACUUUCAGCCGGACCGACACCUCCAGCUUGCCAACUGCAAAGCAAAUUGGUGCUACGAUGCGGCGAUCCGUGUUUUGCAUAUGCCCGCCGGCAGAGAACACCGCGGCAGGCACGAAGAGAUUGUAUGAUGCAAUCCUGUCUGGGUGCAUUCCGGUGGUCAUUCGCUUCCCCACCAUUUGGGGAAGUGGUGUCAGCUGGUGGCGUGUAGAUGGAGCACCUCUGGAGUGGGCUAUGCCCUUUCCAUCCAAGAUCGACUGGCAUCGUUUGGUGGUGGAGGUGCCUGAGGAUGAGCUCUUGAAGAACUCAGGUCUUCUCUUUUCCUGCUUCACCACCAACAUCGAGGACAAACAGAAGUAUCUCAUGGAGGUGCGAGAGCUAUUGCUCUAUGACCUGGCUGGAGGGCACCGCGAUGCUUUCAGCCUUCUAUUGGAGGGCCUGCGAAUGGCGCUCCCUCGGCUUUACAAAGCCUCAUGGGUCCGACCAUUGGUGUGUGAGCCAGUGCGAGUCAUCGAGGAUACCAGCCAUGGGAAAGCGGUGAAGGGGUGGUCCAACUCCUUUGGGCAGAUCUCCUGUGAUGCUUUGGAGUUCUGGCAGCGUCCAUCCAAGCUUUGGCUUCAGGAGCAAGAAGCUACUAGGUUGGAGGAUGGCAACUUGAGUGUCAGCCCAAUCAUGUUGUCGUACUUUGUGUUCAAUGCGUCGAUGAGCCUGGGAAGCUCUGGACAUUUGGCCACGUACGUCCACAGGAGUUUCUCUCUUCGACCCGACUUGGAGCAUCACGCCAUGUCAAAGUUUGCUCCAUUUUUGACCUGCGUCACACCAGAGUUUCCCAAGGCGCUUCACUUCUUGAAUGCCUCUGCCGUGCAGAAGAGCCAAAGCUAUCAAGAUCUCACUGGGUGUCGCGCUGGGCCGCAGCCUCGGCCGACCGAUCAUCAGGUGACAGGCAAUGCUUGGCCUCCUUUUCUGCAGAUAGUGUUCCCUGUUUGCCAGGUGAAGGAUCUGGAAGACCUUCAACACCUAAGCCAUGAGAUCCAGGAGCUGUGGGAUGAGAUGCGGCCCGACGCUCGUAGUCCUCGAGAGAGCUUCCAGGUGGUGGCCUACAAGACCUGUGUGGAUGGCACGCAUGGCACGCCGUUGGAUUUGUCUCAGCUGGCCAGAGUGAUUUUGGUACUUUGGCGUCACCGCUGA